AGUUUAUUUACUCCUUGUGGAGUUGUACCUAGGUGGUGGACAAUCGGUUUCAUUUGUGUAAACAAAUCAGUCAAAACAUCAAACAAAAAAAACCUACAGUCUUCACCUGUUUGUUUUCCCGUUUGACUGAUAUGUGUGGCGUCUUCUUCUGCAGAUCAACCCAUUAAUACCGACGCCUGUGCACACUCUCACCUGAUCCGUGCUCUGGUUAGACGCGGAGUUCACACUAAUGAAACGAAGCUAAAUUGAUGCACUUGCUUUUUAAUCCUGGUAUGAUUUAAAUAUGAGCGCUCUCACACUCUCUGAUAGACAAUCACACUCCCAGAAAACUGAACCACAGUCAUUUCCAUGAUCACUACAAGCUACAACUGUAUCUCUUCGUUCGUGACCAUUUUUGAUCCAUACUGGACUGAACUACAUUGUACAGAUAACACAUUUGUAAAUAUACUUUGCAUGUACUUAACUGUAUUCAAACAUUAUGUGAUUACUACUCAGAUAUUAUGCGCAGUUUAUAAAUAACAAUGAUGUUUGUAAAUGAUGACGAUAAAGGAGAGUGGUUCCUUUAACAGCGGGCGGAGUUUGACAGACGUGCAGUGGGCGGGGCUUGUCUGACAGGAGGAAGAACGUUUGUGACUGGCAGCAGGACGCGACCCACCGAAGCCGGCUGUUCUCGAACCAGCUCCUUCCCGAACCCAACUUAUGGCGAACAAAGGGAUGAAUCUGUGCCGUGUGUGCUGCCUGCUCCUCUAUGUGAUCUCAGCGGUGCUGGCCGGGCGAGACUUCUACAAGAUCCUGGGGGUGAGCAAGUCGGCCUCCAUCAGGGACAUCAAGAAGGCCUACAGAAAGCUGGCUCUCCAGCUGCACCCCGACCGGAACCCCGACGACCCCAAAGCCCAGGACAAGUUUGCAGACUUGGGAGCCGCUUAUGAGGUUCUCUCUGAUGAGGAGAAGAGGAAACAGUACGAUAAGUACGGAGAAGAUGGACUCAAAGAAGGUCACCACAGCUCGCACAACGAUAUCUUCUCCAGCUUCUUUGGUGACUUCGGCUUCAUGUUUGGAGGCAACAGACAGCAACAGGACAAAAACAUCCCCAGAGGAAAUGACAUAGUGCUAGACCUGGAGGUCACACUUGAAGAGGUGUAUUCUGGGAACUUUGUGGAGGUUGUUCGUAACAAGCCUAUAGCCAAAGAAGCUCCUGGCAAGAGGAAGUGUAACUGCAGACAGGAGAUGAGGACAACACAGCUCGGACCCGGGCGCUUCCAGAUGACUCAGGAGACAGUGUGCGAUGAAUGUCCUAAUGUGAAGCUGGUAAAUGAAGAGAGGACCCUGGAGGUAGAAAUUGAACAGGGUGUGAGAGAUGAGACAGAGUAUCCGUUCAUCGGAGAAGGGGAGCCGCACAUCGAUGGGGAGCCUGGAGAUCUGCGCUUCCGCAUCAAAGUGCUGAAACAUCCUGUGUUCGAACGCAGAGGGGACGACCUCUACACCAACGUGACCAUCUCCCUGGUGGAGGCUCUGGUCGGCUUUGAGAUGGACGUCAUACAUUUAGAUGGACACAAGGUCCAUAUUGUUAGAGACAAGAUCACCAGGCCCGGUGCCCGGAUGUGGAAGAAAGGCGAGGGCCUGCCCAACUUUGAUAACAUCAACAUCCGGGGAUCCCUCAUCAUCACCUUCGACGUGGACUUUCCUCAGACACAGCUCGACGAACAGCAGAAAGAUGGAAUUCGGGGUCUUCUGAAACAGGACUCUGUACAGAAGGUUUACAAUGGACUACAGGGAUACUGACCCACCAACACACAGGCUGGACUGAGCUCCCUGCGCCUCCAUUGUUCUCAGGAUGGUGUGGAUCCAGUUGGUUUUUACUCGCUAGCGUCCUGAUGGCAACGGCACAUUUGCAGACAUUUUAUUUUGUGGAUGAAUUUGGAGAGAUGCCAUAUUUGUUUUGUUCCCACACCAUACUGUAAUAAUUUCAUUUAAAAACCCACAUUCACCUGUUUCUGUCUGAGCGUAAUGUUGAUCAGCCAGUUCGUCUCUGGAGGCGACGCUGCUCAUUCUGCCGGAGGAUGAGCUCGGGACAAGCUGGACAGCCUCCUACUUCCACACCACACAUUUCUCCUGCCAUUCUUUUUAUUUAAUUUUUCUAUUGCUUUAAAUUUAGUUUUUUGAAUGUAUGAUCUUUUUGCUCGGGUCAGAUUCCAGUUAAAGAAAACAACAACAGGGAAGAACAAAUUUGUCUUUUCGUUUCCUUAUUUAUGUUGGCUCUUCCUGUUUUUCCCCCACGUCCGCUGUGAUGAGAGUUGAACUCUUCCAUUAAAACGGUGACGUCUGAGUAAAUAUCCCAGUUUGAACCUCCUACAGAGCCACUACACACUCUCCCUUCAGGCCAUCGAGCACCAGCUGCUUCGAUUUAAGCUGGGGUUUGAAGAGUUCUUUGUUUUUAUCAUGAACAGCAACACUGCCUCUCAGUCGUCUGUGUCGUGACCUUAAAUGUGAAUAAUUAGGCCGUUUUAACUGCGUGUUCUUGGGGAUGAUGUACUUUCAACUGACAAAAUAAAGACUUUCUAUUCCCAUGUCAUACCCCACA